AGAGCGCAGGCGCAGAUCUUAGGCGGCUGGGUCAGCUGACCCGAGGGACCCGCUCGAACCGAUUUAGGCCGCUUCCCUCGGCCUUAGAGUCGCCACCGCCAUGGCCAGCCAGUCGCAGGGGAUCCAGCAGCUGCUGCAGGCCGAGAAGCGAGCUGCCGAGAAGGUGUCGGAGGCCCGCAAGCGAAAGAACCGGAGGCUGAAGCAGGCCAAAGAAGAAGCUCAGGCUGAAAUUGAACAAUACCGCCUGCAAAGAGAGAAGGAGUUCAAGGCCAAGGAAGCUGCGGCUCUGGGAUCCCACGGCAGCUGCAGCACUGAAGUGGAGAAGGAGACCCAGGAGAAGAUGACCAUCCUGCAGACCUACUUCCAGCAGAACAGGGAUGAAGUCCUGGAUAACCUCCUGGCUUUUGUCUGUGACAUCCGGCCGGAAAUCCAUGAAAACUACCGCAUAAAUGGAUAAGGGGAGGAAGGAGCAGCUCUGCGUGCAGAUUGGCAUGUUAGAUACCUUCAUGGAAAACGAAGCUUCAGCAAAGCUUGAGUAACUACAUCCUUGGGAAAAGGCAUUAAAUUAUUUCUGUAUAUUAUGUUGUAGGUCCCUUCACUUUUUGGAGAAUAGCAAAUCUAGCUUCUUUGUACAAACGUAGAGCUUAUCCAAAGAUUUUCUCCUUUUACCUCAUAUUUCUUAGAAAUUUAAUGUGUAUACGUGGUUUGUUUUCCUAUGCCUUUUAGCUCAAGCAACAUAUAUAUCAGUACUUUUCUUUCUUAGAUGUAGAAAAAAAAAUUUUUUUUUUUUUUUUUUUAAAGAAAGAAAGGGAUUAAAUUUUUUUUUCCCUAAAGCUUUCUUGAAGGUCAGGGGCUUUAUCUAUGAAAAAGUAGUAAAUAGUUACUUGUAACUUGUGUGAAGCAGCAGCCAGCCUUAAAAUAGUCCUUUCUGGCUAAGGGUAGAACAAUGAAUACUAGGAUAUAUUGUUCAGGCUGCUUUUAGUUUCUCUUAAUCAAAAUUAUUAGAUGAUAGAAUUCAAGAACUUGUUACAUGUUAUUACUUGGUGUACUGAUAAUCAUUUAAAAGUAAAGACAUUGUCAUGCA